AAAUAUAUUUAUUAAAGGUAUUGGUCACAUGACGUAGUUACGGUCAAGUGAUUGUUUACUAUAAACACGUGUGUGUGUUUACAUCAAGCACAUGGUGUGUGUUUAUGUUCUAUUUGAUUGGAUGGCAUAUACCCGCAAUGCGGUUUUUACGGGUAUAUGCGCUCAUGAGAUUCGUGAAAAGCAUGAUUAAGUAUUACUUAAGGGGUUCGUUUGAGAAAAUAAAGUUAUUCGAUGUUUGCCUAUAGUUAACGUAGCAGCAGUUCGUUAUUGUGGUAUGUCUGACUCCGAGAAACUUCUAGAUUCUGACCAUGAAUCUUUGCCUGGUCCUAGUGUACAUUCGUUGCCUGAUGGUAGUUCUGCACAUCAUACUGGUAAUAACGACUUGGUGGAUACAUUCUCGCUGUUUAAAACCUAUCUUGACGGGAAGAUCGCUACUCUUCACAAAGACUUGGCCGUUGGCAAUGAGAACUUCGCUACCAAACUCAAGCAAGAAGUGUCAGUUAAACUUAAAGGUGAGGGUAACCAGAUACAGUUCAAUUUCAAUUGUGAAAUUAUGGCCGACCUUGUUAAGCUUCAGAAGCGUAUUCCUGAUGAAGAUGCAGCAUGUCUUAAAUUGGUAUCUGGUGCUAUCCUCAAAGUUAAGAAGCGUAAUAAACUCAUCCGCAUUGCAGACAAAUCUCCCGCAGGCUGGAAAACCGUCCGCGAAUAUGAGAGUGACGACCUUGCCUCCGACUCAGAAGAUGAGAAACGCAUUCGUUCUGCAGAAAGCCGUGCCAUUAGGAGUAUCAAGGAAAAGAAAAGACCUCAUCCUUAUAGAACUGUUACAGCUACUGUUUCUGCUCCUCCUGCUCCAAUGCCCAAUCAACACAAUGUUCGACAAAACAAUUAUCAACAGCCGCCCUUUCGGACCAGCAGACGGAGGGAACCCUCAUCUCAUGACAUCUGUUACAACUGCAACCAGCUUGGUCACUGGCGAACUCAGUGCCCCCUUUUCAGUACAAAACCAGCUGUCCCAGGGACAUCAAGGCAACAGAGUUAAUGAUAAGUAUUUUGAUACUACUUUUUUAGAUGAAAGCAAUCUUUACGGACAGUUUGAACUGUUUCUGUCACAUGCAAAAUAUUUUGAUAAUAUUGAUAUUUCAUCUGUUGCAAAAGGGGUAAAAUAUAGUUUACGCAAGCAUAUACAAUUCUGGAAACAUAUAGGUGCAAAUGAAUUUGUUAUCAAUACUAUCCAACAUGGUUACGUUAUUCCAUUUUUGCAGACUCCUACAUCUAUGUCAUUUAAGAAUAACAAAUCUGCAAAUGUCCAUUCUAAAUUUGUAAAUGAAGCAAUUUCAGAAUUACUGAAUAUCGGAUGUGUUAUUGAAACUCCAUUUCAACCGUUUGUUGUAAAUCCGCUAAGUGUUGCAGUUCAAAGUUCGGGCAAAAAACGUCUGAUUUUAGAUUUAAGUGAACUGAAUGUUUUUAUUAAAAAAGAAAGAAUAAAAUUUGAGGACUGGAAAGUGGCUUUAAAUUAUUUCACAAAAGAUUGCUAUCAAUUUAAAUUUGAUCUUAAGUCUGGAUAUUUUCAUUAUGACGUAUGUACUAAACAACAAACAUAUUUAGGAUUUUGCUGGAACGAAAAAUUUUACUGUUUUACAGUGUUAGCCUUUGGUCUAUCAUCUGCUCCAUAUCUAUUCACAAAAUGUCUACGACCAAUCGUAAAAUAUUGGCGAGAAAAUGGCGUAGAUAUUGUACUUUACUUAGAUGAUGGACUUGGAAUGGGUAAAAAUAAACAAGAAGCUUCCGAAUGUUCAUCUUUCGUGAAAACCUCCUUGUUAGAAGCAGGGUUUUUAAUUAACAUGGAUAAAUCUAUUUUUGAGCCAGUACAAUGUUUAGAGUGGUUAGGUUUAGUUUGGGAUUCGUCUGAUUUUUCAAUUAGUAUAUCAGAUAGACGGAUUGAUAAUACACUUACAUCAUUGGUUGAUAUUUUGAAUAACUUUCCUAAUUUCACAGCACGUAAAUUGGCUCAGGUAACGGGAAAGGUAAUUUCUAUGUGUCCAGUCAUGGGUAACAUAACAAGUUU